UAUCAAUGGUCAACCUCAGUGAAAGUAAAUGAGAAUGAUUCAAAAACAUCAAAUUUAAAUUGCAAAUUGGGAAUGAAGGUAUUAGAAGAACUCAUAAUGUGUGUUUUCAGGAAAGUCAGCCCUUGCAAGUUAUUUUUGAAAAGAGUAUGUGUUCUAAUACACUAGUUAUUCAACCAAGAGUGCUCGCUGAGGCUGUUGUUCUUUUUACAUCAAGUCAAGAAGAAGUUACUCUUGCUGUUACCCCACUCAGUGUUUGCCUUAAGAGUUCCAGUGACGAACCAAUGGAUUUGACCAAUUCUGUGUACAGUGAAAUGUUUGUUGGCCCGGAAGAGUUUGACUUCUUUCAAAUUGGAGUUGAUACUGAAAUAACAUUCUGUUUCAAAGAAUUGAAGGGAAUGCUGACAUUUUCAGAAGCUACACAUGCUCCUAUAGCCAUUCAUUUUGAUUUUCCUGGGAAACCUAUGGCUUUAAGUAUCGAUGAUAUGUUAUUGGAAGCUAACUUUAUUUUGGCUACAUUAGCUGAUGAGCCAAGUAGAGCAUCUUCUCCGCAAUCACUGUGUCUUUCACAAAAACAAAAAAGGUCAGAUCCGAUGUGUUCACCAAACAAUUCAAAGACUGGUAAAAAUGUAACCAGCAAGGCCCCGGGAUGUAUCUUGAGAAAAACAGCACCCAAAAGGCUUUAUCCUAAUGAGACUCAAACAGAUAUUCCCGUGCUGGAAAACUGUGGCAACCCUAUAAUAAAAAGAGUGAAUGGAGGAGACAUUAGUGAAGUGCCAGAAAGCAGCGUCAGCGACACGGAGGAGAUGCCAGGCUCUUCAUAUCUGAGGAAGUUUUCUUGCAUGUUCUUUGGAGCAGUUUCUUCUGACCAGCAAGAACACUUCAACCAUCCUUUUGACAGUCUGGCAACAGCAAGUGACACUGAAGAGGACAUGAAUAAUGGCAGAUCUUCCACAUUCUAACACUUAAUAAUAGCUGAAUUGGCCCCCAGCCCAUUUGUUAGCUCACUUGCGUCUCAAACAUGUUUUCACAUUUAGUCUAUAGAGAUACUGUCUUGGACUUCCUUGAAAUGGGAGGAUGGGCUUCUGUUUUGCUAAACAUCGUCAUCUUGUGUAACAGCCAUAUCUAGAAAUAGCUGCUUGUUAAGUGUACAUAUUUGCUUAAAACCCAUUAUGCUGCUUGGAGGCAGAAGUCUUCUGUGCAGGGAAAAAGCUCAUUAGAAUUCUUCAAUUCAACGCACGUUCACACUAGAGCUUUUAGCAUUUUCUUUGCCAGUUUUAUAAAGGUAUUUAGACUUUUUUCAGCAGCCAUUUAGAGUGCAUCAAUAUGGCCUAUAGUUCUGUGACUCGUAGGUAGCUUUUGUAUUUGAUUGCAAACAUUUGAGUUUUGGUGCUUUGAGACAUAUUUAAAAACUAUGCAGUCUUUUCUCAUGCAAUGCCAUGACUUUUUGUCCGUCGCUUUUUAUAUUUUGUUACGAUUUUAAGUAAAAAUAAUCCCUGAAAAAAAGGUCAAGAAUAAAAAUAUAUACCUACCCCCCUCACUUUGGAGUCUUUUAAUAAAUUGUGAAAUUUUAUUUUACAGCCUUAAAUUGUUCUGAUUUUCACAUGUGAUAUAUACAUUUUGCAGUGGGAUGCAGAAAUUCAUUUAAUGGAACUGCUGCUUAAAUUAUUUCUGUAUUAUCUGACAUAGAGCAGCAACCUCCACUGCAAAAGCCUAGGUUUGGAGUAAAAUGAGGUAGAUGAUGAAUGUCUCUGUUCUUUGCCCCUUUAAGAAUUAGCUUCUUACCUGAACAAACAGACUAAAGAAAUCUGGCACAAACCCAUUAUUACAUAAUAUGAUGCAUGCCUCUCCCUCCCCCGAACCUGUUUACAGUCGAACUCUUGACUUCCGCAAUGUCUUACUGUGAAGUCUUUAUGAAACCAACAAAUCACAAGGAAAUGUUAACUGGCAAGCAGUUGUACUUUACAUUUUGUGAGGAAUUCAUACACAAAGGUGGCUGAGUGAAUUAGUAAACUUUAGAACUGUGAACACAGUUCUAACUAAAACCAGAAUGAAUUUGGCUCUUGUAGCUUAGUAAUGAGUCAGAGCUACCCACAAUAACCUAAUAAAAACUCAAGUUCGUCCCAAAAUGUUCCUCAAUGAAUGAAAGUGGCUUUCACCAAGCUUUUUGUGGAAAUUGGCAAUGCCCACAUAAUUUCAAGUCCUUUCACACUGUAGGCUAAAGAUUUACAUAUCUUAUGCUUACAGUGAUGAUUAACACUGAAUUUCACAUAUUCCUGACAGAUGCAGAUGACGACAAAGAGAGCAUUUAUACUCGAGUAACUAUAGAGCUUGCAGAGGGUGAAGUUUCUGGUUCACUCACCGAAACAGGCCGAGGGUUAUAGGUUGUGAGGG